AAUGAUACUCUAACGAUUGCGAGACUGUACCGAAUAUCUCGACCGCGACUAGGCUGCAACGAGUCGUGGAAGAUCGCUUGCCAAGAGCUCGUACCAUUUGAAGCGAAAUUACAUGACUACUAAGGUUCAAACCGGGCCGUUUAAUCACUGGCUCAAACUUUGAAGUGUGGUUUAGAGUUCGGUACUUCAUGUCGUCGCUGCAUGUCAUCGCGAGCAAUAUUUUUUUUUUCCAAUCGGAGAAAAGAAAAUGCACUGUUGAGACAUGAUGGCUUCUCUCGGGUGCAACUCUGCACCGCGACCUACUCGGAUCCCAGCCAUGGCUAAGUCAUGUAUACAUAAGUAAUGGGUUCAUCGUCGUUGCGUACGGAAGCCCCGCCUUUUCAGUGUUGUACACCAUAAUGUUCAAGUUGCUGAGGCUCGCGGCCCCCCUUACGCUCCUGUCUUCCGCUUAUGCAUCCAAGGUUGCUGGCGCGUGGUAUGCUGGCUGGCAUGCUACCAACGGAUACCCGGUGUCCAAUAUCAGCUGGGACAAGUACAACACGGUGUACUAUUCUUUUGCAACAACCACUUCAGAUGUGAAUACUAUAUCACUAGAAGGGUCGAAUGGCGCGUUGCUUCCUGUCUUUGUGUCAGAAGCACAUGCACACGGUGUUAAAGCCCAUAUUGCCAUUGGAGGUUGGGGUGGCAGCAUUUACUUUUCUUCUAACGUCGCAACAGCGGAAAAUCGCACUGCAUUCGUCGACACGGUGCUAGAUUUUGUCGGAAAAUACGAUCUAGAUGGUGUCAACUUUGACUGGGAGUAUCCAGAUAAGCAAGGCAUUGGCUGUAAUAUCGUCAGUUCUGAUGACAGCGCAAACUUUCUUUCCUUUCUCCAAGAACUUCGCGAAGAAAGUUGCUCGAAUCUCACCAUAUCGGCAGCAGUAUCUUUGACGCCAUUUCGUGAUUCCACCGGCAAUCCGUCGACUGAUGUCUCCGCCUUUGCAAAGGUUCUUGACUAUGUUGCUAUUAUGGACUAUGAUGUUUGGGGUUCGUGGUCCUCUGCUGUUGGCCCUAACGCCCCGCUCGAGGAUUCCUGUGCGACCUCGUCUGAGCAACAAGGCUCAGCUGAUUCCGCAGUAAAGGCUUGGUCAAAUGCAGGCAUGCCUGCUGAUAAGAUUGUCCUGGGUGUUGCAUCAUACGGACACUCUUAUAGCGUCAGCCCCUCUGAUGCAUUCGUGUCGGGCACGAAGACGCUAGCCGCUUACCCCGCUUUUAAUUCAGCUAAUCAGCCCGUAGGGGAUGCAUGGGAUAACACCGGGAGCGUGGAUUCCUGCGGUAAUUACGCAGGAUCCGGAGGUACCUUUGACUUCUGGGGACUGGUCGACGGUGGCUUCCUCAACUCGGAAGGUACGACUGCCCCUGGUAUCUACUCUCGGAUUGACUCGUGCAGCCAAACGCCCUACGUUUACAAUGAAACGUCCGAAGUCAUGAUUUCCUAUGACAACGCGGAUUCAUUCACGGCCAAAGGCACGUUCAUCAAAAACACUGGACUGCUCGGAUAUGCUAUGUGGCAGGCCGGUGGAGACUAUAACAAUAUCCUCGUUAAUGCUAUCAAUAGCGCUGUGUAGAUUAAUUCGCCUUGUUCCACAAGUAUACCCACAUACCCACGUCCUUCUUGUUGUCUUCUGCCAUGUCAUAGUUACCCUGUGAUGUCAGUUCCAAAAUACCCCG